CCCCAACUCCAUCACUUCCACCCCAGUGAUCGCCUUCACCCUCUGCACAUCUCAGAAUGUCGGUCGAAGUUCCAGCACACCAUAUUGCUAAGGAGAGCAAGAUGCAGAAGUCAAAACAGAGGUCCAAGAAGGAGACCGUCUCCGCCGGUGCAGUCUUCAAAGCCAUUGGCAAGACUCAAUCGAAGCACCCCAGAGCCCGCAAAACAAUCACGGGCAUUGCGACAAGAACUGUAGACAUACCGAAGCCACAGGAUGACAGAGCCAGAGUAGUCAAGCGGAAUCCAGGGAAAGUAACUCAAUUAUUCGAACAGGCAAAGGGCUCGGAGAAGCACCCGCUUGUUGUUGCCUUCAAAGAUGCGACAAAGACUUAUAAGACCACGCUUCGCGAGAAUGCAACUGUACAGAUCGAUGAAACCUUUGAUCGUCUCAUCCAGGCUUUGACAGCUACAGCGACUAAGAUCCCCGACUCUAAACCCAUCGCUGCGGCCUCAAAAACCGCGCCUGAGCCUUCACUCACAGACAGGAUCCAGCGGGAACGCGAAGAGCUGAGCCGUCCCCUCGGUGAUGUUACGUUCACCAAAGCACGCGUCAACCACGACGGGAAAACAGAGACAGGCCUCGUAAGGAUCGGGGCAGCGACAGGGAUCUUCGAAGAGCAUUCUGCCAAAGCAGAGGCUCGAUUGCAAGAGCUGCAGAAGCGAUGGGAGAGAAUCGUCGGUGAGAUAUGGAAAUGUGGCGUCCAGGUUCUCGGACGGGAUGAGAUGAAAAACAUGCUGUUACUCGACAUGGGCUCUGACGACCUAGGGCCAAAUGAUACUCAGGGAGAAGAACCACUAUUCGUCUCACAGGACUCUGCCAAAUCGAAAAGGCGCGUUACGACCAAGGAGCCCCUACCAGACUUCAUCAGUCGACCAUCCUCAUUCAGCGUUCCUCUGCGUGCUCUGGAAGGAGUGUCAAGUGAGGUCGUUAACGAUCUACGGAGCGAAGUGAGCGAACUUGGCGAGUCACACGCUGCGGACCUGGAGCAACAGAUUGAUGAUUAUCAGGACUGGUGGAGGCAUAAGCAUGCGCAGUUCCUCAGCAUACUGAAUGACUAGCUGAUCUCGAGAAAGACACGGUGUAUGCUGUUUAUGACAUAAGGCUGAUCAAUGUGCAUGGACAUAUACGAAG